GACACGCUCAAGCGAAACAGCGCCAGCCAAACAAAUGAUGCAUAUGGCAGAAAAGACUAUAUAUUAAUAUGUAAUAACAAUAAUAAUAUUGAUAUUAAGCGCAAUUAUUAACUACUAUCUAUGGUCUGAGCACCGAAUUGCGCAGUUUAUAAUGAUGUGUAUUUCUCCUAGUAUAGGACAUUAACAGUAAGUUAGUUGAUGGACGGGGUCCGGUGGGCGUUCCGGUGCGGUUCGUGGGUACCGACCCGUUCCGAGUGGACACUGGCGGCCCGUUGCAUCCAACCGGAGGAGAGGGAACGGAUCGGGCAGUUCGUGUUCGCCAAAGAUGCGAAAUCUGCCAUGGCCGGGCGUCUGUUGAUCAGAAAGCUGGUGUGUGAGAAGAUGGGUUUAUCCUGGGACGGGUUUCGACUGGACAGAACCGCGCGGGGGAAACCGUACCUGUCCUCGUCCUCCCACUGGAGCUUCAACGUGUCCCAUCAGGGAGAUUACGCUGUUCUGGGAGCAGAGCCGGGACGUCCCGUGGGCAUCGACCUGAUGAAGACCUGCAGGCCAGGCAGUGGCUCCACGCAGGAGUUUUUCCGCAUCAUGAAUCGCCAGUUCACGGAUCUGGAGUGGACGAACAUCCGGACGGCCGGCUCGGACUGGGACCAACUGGACAUGUUUUAUAGGCACUGGGCACUGAAGGAGAGCUUCAUCAAAGCGAUUGGCACAGGACUGGGCUUCGACCUGCACAGGGUGGAGUUUCACGUCUCGCCCAAUCAGAUGCGAGAGGGCCAAGUGUACCGGCAGACGCGCAUGUUCCUGGACGACGAAGAGGAGGACUGGAUAUUUGAGGAGAGCUUAUUGGACAAAGAUCAUCACGUGGCUGUGGCGCUGGGAAAGCCAGACAUCAGCACGUCUAAAGAGGACGGUGGAGGUUUGUGUGAAGCUCCGCCCCUUUUGUUCACUCUCUUGAGUUUCAGUGAUCUGGUGGCUAGAGCCACGCCCCUAACCGAGGAAGACUCCGCCCACUGGGAGAGAUUUCACAGCAAAAAGGAAGCGCCUUCAAGGCAAAGUGAACAGCAGUGACCCUUGAAUGCAAAUAUAUGUAAAUAAAGUACAUGUUUAUGUAUUGCUUGUUCUUUCGGGCUCGUUCCUGUUCUCUACGAUCUUUAUUACUUAAAGGGGUGGUUGAUUAUGAUUUCACUUUUCUAACGUGAAUCUCUCCAUCAAUGUCUGACUCUGGAUUGAACAUAAAAGCUCAAAGUUUUUGAAAUUUUCAGUGCAUGUGUGUGUGAGGUAAACCUCUUGAAGCCCCACCCCUCAUUUGCAUUUAAAGGUACAGACACAAAAACGGUAUUUUUUUGUUCACCCUCAAAAAGUGACAAUUUUAACAUGCUAUAAAAUUAUCUGUGGGGUAUUUUGAGCUAAAACUUCACAUACACACUCAGAGACUUUAUAAAAGGGCAUUACACCACCCCUUUAAGGCGACUUAUGACAUUGUUUUCAUAUUUUAGCCAUCAUUUGAAAUGUCAAUAUUGUCAAACUGAUUUGUCCCCAAACCCAAAUACUACGCAACAAAACAUGACAGAAUUCAUUAAAUCUAUUGAUAAUA